UUACAGACACAAGCAGACAGACAGACCCUCUUCCAGGUGUUGUAAACAGUUAAAAAUAGUGCUGGUGUGUUUUAGUGCGACCAAGCCCCACUCCAGUUGCUUCUGUCAGUCACAGACCCAAACAAGAUGGCAGGCUUCGGAAGCUGGAUCUUUUUUUCCACAGUUGUUGCAGCUAGUUUGUUUGGGGCCAGUGCAGAGAUCAAAGUUACCAUUCCUGUGGGAAGACUCUUUACUUACGAGCUGAUGAGGGAAACGUUCCAGAAUGACUUCGAACCUUUGUUGAAACUCUACACUGGGCAAUUGUACGAUGAUCCCAUGAUUUUUAAAUGCAACAAGCAGGGUUUCCCUGACCUCCCAGAGUGGCUGCGUUUAGUCCAAAGACACCCCUUGGAUAAUGGCUUCCUGUAUGGCAUGCCAACAUCUCCAGGAAAAACUACAAUUGAGAUCUAUGCAAUCAACAAACGCAGUUAUGACACAGCCAGACAUACUCUUGUGAUCAAAGCUGUUGCAGAGAAGAUGCUGCCCUACCAGGCAGAGUUCUUCAUCCCACUGAGGGAGGUUGAAAAGGUGCUGCCCUCUAGUGUUCAGGAUGAGAUAAAGCAAGAUUUGCAGAAGUUGUGGAGCACAAAUGCCCUGGAAAUCGUCAACAUCACUAACGCCCUCGAUCGUGGGGGCAGAGUUCCCCUCCCACUUGCAGGGCACUUUGAGGGUGUGUAUGUGAAGGUGGGGUCGGAGAGGUAUUUCUCAAAGUGUCUGCAAAGGGUCUUGACAGUGGAGCACCAAAAGCAGUGUAAAGCAGAGGCCAAGGUUAAAGUGCCUGGAGGAUGCAGCUUCUGCAACAUUCCCAGCAACUGCAUCACCUGGUGCAAGACAGCACUGUUCGACCUGACCAAGAAGGAACCAGCACCACCUGCUCCUACAGUGGGUUCUGGGAUAUUAGAGGCUGGUGAAGACUUCGACCCACCAGAGUCUCCCCCCAGCAGAGACUUCUUCCCAGACUACAUCGUGACAGUAAUCGUGCCCCUGAUCCUCACCAUCGUUCUGUGCCUGCUGCUGGUGUACAUCAUGUUUGGAAGGCGUGAAGGAGUUGCAAAACGGAAUGCAAGAACAAACAACAUCCAGCUGUACCACCACCACACCAUUCACGGGAACGCCGAGGAGCUGAGGAGCAUGGCUGCCAACCGCAGUGCCUCCCCACCCCUGUCCACGCUGCCUAUGUUCAACAGCCGUACAGGAGAGAGGGCCUCGCCGCUGCAGUCUGACAGCAUCCCUCUGAUCAUGGCCCAGCAGGAUCCUUACAGCGACACCCUGCCCAGGUAAACCUGGCUUCUCCAUUACUGAUGACUCGGAUCAUUCUCAUCAACUCUGUAUUUACAGGAAGUGAACAACAAUGGAUAAAAUGGUUUUGAUGCAUUAAUCAUUUUGUUACAUUAUUGGCUUUAGUUUUGCAGUGGGGUGUUAUAUUUUAUCGUUCUUCUGACUAAGCUGAAAUAAAAUGCAGUUCAUGAA